UUUAUUCCCAACAGUAAGCGUCGGCCUGUUUCACGCCGCCUCAGAUGUUGGCGUCUUUCCUGCAGUGACAACGCCAGAAUAAGAAUAGAAAUUGAUUUCUCCUCCUCUUCAUAUCGAAUCCAACUUCAGAUGGACAACACUCUCCAGUCCAUCUGCUACAAGCGUGGUUCCCUCCAGCUUCUGGACCAGAGAAAGCUUCCUCUGGAAACUGAUUACUUAAAUAUUUGCGACGUUGCAGACGGAUGGUCGGCCAUACGAGAUAUGGUGGUGCGAGGAGCGCCUGCUAUUGCAAUUGCCGCCGCACUCUCUCUGGCCGUUGAGGUCUUUCAUUUUGAUGCUUUUACUGGAACAUCUGCUGAUGCCGCUUCUUUCCUCGAAAACAAAUUAGAUUAUCUCGUUUCUAGUCGACCAACUGCAGUGAAUCUUGCAGAUGCUGCUACAAAACUUAAACAGAUUAUAUCAAAGGCGGCUGCUAUUGCUUCUGAUGCCAAUAGUGUUUUUCAGGCUUACAUAGAAGCUGCUGAAAUUAUGCUCAAGGAUGAUGUUGUGUCCAAUAAAGCAAUUGGGUCUCAUGGAGCAAGUUUUCUUCAGCACCAGCUGAAAAACUCCAACAAACUUUCUGUUCUGACCCAUUGCAACACUGGCAGUCUUGCAACAGCUGGAUAUGGUACUGCCCUUGGUGUAAUCCGUGCUCUCCAUGUUGAGGGAGUGUUAGAGAGGGCCUAUUGCACUGAAACACGUCCAUUCAACCAAGGAUCUAGACUAACAGCUUUUGAGCUGGUGCAUGAGAAGAUACCAGCUACUCUAAUAGCUGACAAUGCUGCAGCGGCAUUAAUGAAAGAUGGUCGUGUGAGUGCUGUCAUUGUUGGUGCAGAUAGAGUGGCUUCAAACGGUGAUACUGCUAAUAAGAUUGGAACCUACAGCCUUGCAUUAUGUGCAAAGCAUCAUGAUAUUCCAUUUUAUGUUGCUGCACCACUGACUUCUAUUGAUUUAUCCCUUGUCUCUGGACAAGAGAUCGUUAUUGAGGAAAGAUCUCCGAAGGAAUUGUUGCACUCACGGGGAGGACUUGGGGAACAAGUGGCCGCAACUGGAAUCUCUGUCUGGAACCCUGCUUUUGAUGUUACCCCUGCUAAUCUGAUCGCUGGCAUCAUAACAGAAAAGGGUGUUAUUACGAAAUUGGGUAGCAGCACAUUCGACAUAAGGGAUUUCGUACAGAAGGCAGAGAACAAAGUAUGCCCCUGCGGUAAAUGAAGUAAUUAAUUGGUAACUGCUUUGUUAAUUUAAGUCUUGUUGGAUUAUGCAUCACUUUACUAGCAACUGUGCCGAAAUAAUUGUAAGCCUGUCGCCCUGCUCUGCAUUUCUGGCGAUUGGUACAUGGGUUUCUUAAGGCUAUGGGAAAAAGAUAAAUAAGAAGCUCCUGCAAUGUUAACCGA